UUUUUUUAAAAACAUUGCCAAACAACGACACAACAAGUGGAGGAUGUGAGCGGCUGCUGGCUGAGCCACUGCUGCCUGGACGUGCCAGAGGGAGAAACUGCAAGAAACGACACCCAUCCUACCAUCAGGCUUGGUACACGGAUUAUUUAAUGGUAAUUUACAGAUCUGCAGAAAAGGCUGGUGAUCACGCUCACCCAUUCAUUCUUUGUCUCACACACACAAACACACUUGCCUGCUUCAUUUUUUCCCCUUUUCGAAAGAGACUGUUGUUGUUGCUUUUUUGCAAAUGCCUGGGAGAGAAGCAGCGUCCGUGGCAGUGCAGAGUGCUCCCAGCUCAGGCUGCUUUGCUGCCUUGCUCUUGGCACUCUUGUUGCAACUGGAAAGAAGGGAGAAAAAUAACUCAUCAACCUGUGGUGCUGACUGACCUUACACACCUGAAAAUGUAGAUCGAUUGGCACAGCCCCCUCCUCAGAACGGCUGUCUCCAGAUCUUUACAUUAGCAAGAACAGCGUUGCUAUUUUUCUGCCUAGGAACAGUUAAGUGCUUCUUCUGCAUGACCAUAACCAAAAGGUGACCCAUCCACUCCUUUGUGCCCUAUGGGGACCUCAGAGCCAGUUUCUCAGUCUUCAUCUCCUCCUCCUCCUCCUUCUCCUCCUCCUUCUCUUACCACUGCUGCGGACACCCUGGGUGCUGCUCCCAGGUUUGAGACAUUGUUGGCAGGCUGAAGAAAGGAUUUGCAAAGACCUCCUCACUGUGUAAAUAGAGUGACGGCUGGAAUUACCUUCAGCUCCCUGAGUGAUGAUAUUAAAUAAUAGUAAGAUUGCUAGGCCAAAGCAUUGCCAGGAACAAAUUAUGAGGAAAGAGACUAUUUGCAUUUGGUUGCAAUGAUAAAUUAAAGACCUGAAACAUCUCUGGAAAGCAGGUACCUCUUGAUUUGCAUAUUUUUUCUUCUUGUAUGCAGUCUUUGUAGCCUGCAAGAUGGUCAUGAAUUUGAUCUGAUCUGUGAUAGCCACAAGAGAUUAAUGAAAAUACAGGGGCUUGAUGGAUGAAAGGACAAGGUCUCAGCUGUUUCCUGGUCCAAUCUGAGAGUUGCAUGUACUCUUUUUAACGGAACACAGUGGUUCGUGUCAGACAUUCUGGACAGUAAGAAAAUGCAGAUCUAUGCUUUUCCAAAACAUAGAUUCAGUGUUACUUCUGUGUUGCCCUGCUCUGUGUUCAAGAGACUGUCCUCCAAAUGCAAAUGGCUUUGAACUUUCUAUGGUGAAAGUUGAGGUUACACCAUAAAUAAACCAAACGACUUAGCACAGAGUGAUAAACAAGCAGUUGCAAAAUGGAGGUUGCAAUGGUAAGUGCAGAUAGCUCUGGGUGCAACAGCCAUAUGCCCUAUGGAUAUGCAGCCCAAGCUCGGGCCCGAGAGAGGGAGCGGCUGGCACAAUCCAGAGCAGCAGCAGCUGCGGCUGUCGCAGCAGCAACAGCAGCAGUAGAAGGGGGGGCAACAGGUGGAGGUGGACCAUAUCACCACUACCACCAGGAACAGAGUCGAGGUGCAUCCUCCUCUUAUGGUGGGAAUGCAUCACGCAGCAGCCUGCCCCACCGCCAGAGUGGUAAGAGACGGAAGAAAGGGAAAAAGAGGAGCCACCAUUUGGGAAGUAGGGAAUAUGGGGCCUCCUUCCCGUGUUCAGAGCUGCUGCCUCUCAGUGGCUCUGAAGAGAGAAUACUGAAGGACUUGAGUGAGGAGGAAGAGGAGGAUGAAGAUGAGGAUGAAGAUGAUGAGGAAGAAGGAAAGCUCUACUACACUGAUGACUAUGGGCAUGAUGAGUUUUCAUUCUCAGACCAGCCACCUGAUGAUGGUGGUGGAGGCCCUGGGGGUUACAGCUCUGUUCGCUGCAGUGAGUACGAGUGUUGUGAGCGUGUGGUAAUCAACGUGUCAGGACUGCGGUUUGAGACCCAACUGAAGACGCUAGCUCAGUUCCCGGAGACGUUGUUGGGUGAUCCAGCGAAACGAGGCAGAUACUUUGACCCUCUCAGGAAUGAAUACUUCUUUGAUAGGAACCGGCCCAGCUUUGAUGCCAUCCUCUACUACUACCAGAGUGGCGGCCGACUGAAGAGGCCAGUCAAUGUGCCCUUUGACAUCUUCACUGAGGAGGUGAAAUUCUACCAACUUGGGGAGGAGGCCAUGCUCAAGUUUAGGGAGGAUGAAGGGUUUGUCAAAGAGGAAGAAGACAAAGCUUUGCCGGAGAAUGAGUUUAAGAGGCAGAUCUGGCUGCUGUUUGAGUACCCGGAGAGCUCCAGUCCAGCCAGAGGCAUUGCUAUUGUCUCAGUCUUGGUCAUCUUGAUCUCCAUUGUCAUCUUUUGUCUGGAGACUUUGCCAGAGUUUAGAGAUGACAAAGAAUUCAUAAUGUCCCUGAGCUUAGGGAAGGGGCUUUCCAAUGAGUCACUUCACCUGGAUGCUGGGGAGCACACCAUCUUCAAUGACCCCUUUUUCAUUGUAGAGACAGUAUGCAUCAUUUGGUUCUCCUUUGAGUUUACAGUGCGCUGCUUUGCAUGUCCAAGCAAAGCACACUUCUUCAAGAACAUCAUGAACAUCAUAGACAUUGUCUCCAUCUUGCCUUACUUCAUCACUCUGGGCACUGACCUGGCCCAGGAGCAGGGCAGUAAUGGUCAACAGGCCAUGUCUUUUGCCAUCCUGAGGAUCAUCCGUCUGGUCAGAGUGUUUCGCAUCUUCAAGCUCUCCAGACACUCCAAGGGUUUGCAGAUCCUGGGUCAUACACUCAGGGCCAGCAUGAGGGAACUUGGCCUCCUCAUCUUUUUUCUCUUUAUUGGAGUCAUUUUGUUUUCCAGUGCUGUUUACUUUGCAGAAGCUGAUGAGCCUGCCACCCAUUUUCAAAGCAUCCCAGAUGCCUUUUGGUGGGCUGUAGUGACCAUGACUACAGUUGGUUAUGGGGACAUGAAACCCAUAACUGUGGGUGGGAAAAUAGUUGGGUCCCUGUGUGCCAUUGCAGGAGUGUUAACCAUUGCUUUACCAGUGCCAGUGAUUGUCUCCAAUUUUAACUAUUUCUAUCACAGAGAGACUGAGAAUGAAGAACAAACACAGCUGAUGCAAAAUGCAGUCAGCUGCCCAUACCUCCCAACAAAUUUGCUGAAGAAAUUUAGAAGUGCAUCGUCUUCGUCCACAGAAGACAAAUCGGAAUAUUUGGAGAUGGAAGAAGGAGUUAAAAAAUCCCUCUGUGUAAAGGAAAAAAAAAGUCAGGACACAGGGGAUGGAAGUGAGUCAGAGAAAAAAAACUGUGUAAAUUCAAAUUCUGUGGAAACUGAUGUGUAAUUUGAACAUUUCCAAAUAUAUUUAUGCAUUAAUGAGUGCAGUGAAAAAAACGAAAUAUGCAAACAAGAGUCCACAGCAUACAGUAGUAUGCCAUUUCAUGGUUAAAUACAAACAAAAAGCAUUGCUAAACUUGUAUUACAUAUCAAGUAAGUGAUACAACUUGGGAAAGGGAUUGCUAGAUCUGAUAUAGUUUCAGACUUUAUAUUUUUACUAGAAUGCAAGUGUUUUGCACAUGAAGCUGAAAAAUUUGUUAAAACCAAGUCAGUUUUAAAGUGGGUGCAUGAACUGUCGACAUCACUAAUAACAGCUCAGUGGUAAAAGUUGGCAUUCAGAGGUAUUUACUAUGUAAGAAGCAAUGAAGUUUGGUAGUCAUUUAUCUAUUUAUCAGUGCUUUAAUAGCAGCUACCAUGAAUCAUUGGAUACCGUAGUCAUUGUUUUUCAAAUGGUAAAUUUAUUGUAAAAAGAUAUUCUACAGAAGAUAGAUUUAAAUUUUUUUCUUGAACUCUUUAAUGCUUGUUUUUAACUGGAAAUUUACUUUGAAAAGGCUGCUGAGCCUCCAGAAAUUGUUUAUUUUUAUAACUCUCUUUGGAGGCAUUGCAGCAUUUGUUGUCUAAUAAUGAAAGAAGUGAAGUAAGAGAAUCAUUUAACCUGGUCUGACUGCAAAGGCAAAUGACUGGAAUGCUUUUUUUGCACUACUUUAUAUGCUGGAGAUAUAGUGAAAGAGACUUCAUACUGUGAAUGUUUACUAAUGUAAUAGUUCUAUGACAAUCAUUGGAAGAGUGAAUUCUGCAUCACAUUUUAUUGUUUUUUUUCUUUGUGAUUCUGAUGACAAAACAGCUAAUAUUACAUUAACUCCAUUCUCUUCUAGUUAUGGAUAUUUGUGAUCUGAAAAAGGAUUGUGAAGUAAAGUUUUAUAAUCAAAUCUAUUUGAAAUCAGUGUUUUCUACUGAUGCCCUCAAGAAAUACCAACUAAUUUAUCUCUUUCUCCGUAUUAGUUCAACAUUCAGAAUCUAUGAUUAGUACGUGCACUUUGUCAGUGGUGAAGUAAUUCAGUGUAUGGGAGGAGAAAGCAGAAGUAAUAAGAUAUUCAGUUGUUACAGUACUGACAAUUCACAAUUGCUAACUUUUAACGUGCUAUUAUUGGUGCUGCAUUUUUUUCCUUAAUUGCAGCUUUCACCCAUGUGUAUUUCAAGCAUCACUUAAGAUCCAAAAUAGGCAUUCUGGGGAUUUGAAAUUGUAUUGGGUCCCAUGCAGUCCUUGAGAAAACAAUACUUGAUUUCUUUUCACUGAUUCUUAGAUCCGCUGUAUUUUACUGUGUGUCAAAAGCUUCCAUUGCCCUUUCUAGGAAAUUAAGUUGUGUAAAGAGUGGCCUACUGUACAUUCCAGACUCCAGAGUGAAAUAGGUAAGAUAUUACUGUACUUAACACAAACCAUGGAUUCUGAAAAGGCAUUUUUUCAGCUUCAUAAUUAUCUAUGGAAGAUACUACUAAACUGGAAUUUUUUUGAGGAGGCACUGUGGAACACUCCAAAUUAUAAAACUCUAACCAAAUUUGCAUAUGCCCUUUAAGGGCUGGGACAGGCCAUUGUAAGAGAAAAAGAGAGCUUAGCAACACUAUUGAAUUAUAGUAGUUUUGCAAUAUUCAUUUAAAACUAAGAAGAAGAAUUUAUGGGGCAGAACUAGGUAAUGUUUUAAAAGUCCUGGAGCCCAAAAGUGACAAUAAAGCAGUCCAAACUGUAUACCUAUAAUAUAAUACAUGUAAUCUGUCAGAUGAGCAUUGUUUGCUUUUUGCAGCAUCCAGUGGUACAGAAUAGAGACGUAGGCAUAGGGGUCUCCUUAUUCAUUGAUUUUUGCCUCCCUGGGUUUUCUGUGAGUAACCUCUCUGAAAAAGUUUCUGUUCUUGUCCUCUAUUGCAACACCCAUUGCAUUGCCUAUUGAAGCAAGAACUAAUAAAAAGCAAGACACAGAAGAGACUGUAUUGUGCUAAGCCCUGAUCGAAAAUUUGUGUGUAAACAUCUGAUUUCUAAUUUAAAAUCAUAGAGUAGGCUUGCUUCACUGUCUUUUUGACGUGGAGCAUUAAGCAGUGCUGUUUGUUGUGGUGGUGAUAUUAAAUCCAACUGAGUUUUGAAUGCAGUAAUUUGAUGCAUAGGCAUUCACCGCAAUUGCAUAUUGCAUUUUAUUGUGGCUCAUCUGAGUAAAUGUACUCAAUAUUUUUUUCUACAGGGGCAAUAUCAGCUGUGAGGAUGAACAGUCUAGAUAAUUCAGCAAAAAUCUAUAACUGAAGGUGCUUCUUUAACAGCUAUCAGUUAAUGAUGUGAAGAAUGUAAGGGUUCCCUUGAGAGUUCGUUUGCUGGUAGUUCUAUGUGAUACCAGAGACCAUAACAUGGCUGUAGAAGUAAAGGAAAUACUAAAUAGGCAAAUGAAGAGCUUAGGCAAAACAAGUAAUACGUGCUUGCAGGAUGGGCUAGUUGAAUAGGAAAGUGGUUCAUCAAGGGUGGAAUUUUAGAUCUUCGCUCUAAUGGAAAUAAGGAAGAAAACUCUUUGAAUAACUCUUAGAAGGUGUUCACACAGUGGACAGGGAGUUCAGCCUGAGGUACCUGCUUAAGUAGUUACCCAGCUUCUCCAGUCUUAUAGUUAUUUUGCUACCAGUAUGCAACCUAUUAAAUUAAAGCAAGCAUGACAAUGUCUGCAUUAUACUGUGGUCAUAGCAGUACCUUAUUCUCUGAAGGAGAAGUUCAUACUAUAGGAUCUUGUAGCAGUUGGCAGAGCAACAUUCUGGGUAUGUCAUCAGUGCAUACUACAGUACUGUGGAGAUGUAUCCUAAGGUAACAGUGGAGGCUGCUCUGCCUCCUGCAAUGUGGAAGCCUAUAUAUUUGUAACUAGCAUUAAAAAUAAGAACUGCUAUAGCCUGAUGUUAGAUUGUACUAUCCGUUCGGCAGACCGUUCUGAGUCACACAAAGAACUGUGCAUUUCUGAAUAGAAGCAAAUGGUUUCCUUUGGGCUGGCUUUUAAUUUGAUCAUUAAACUACUGUUCAGUCCAGUCAGUUAUGACACAGCUUGAGAAUGCCAAAGUCUCGCCCUUAUCAUGCUAAAACCCAAAGAUGCUAAGCGUUUAACAAGAAAAAGAAACUCCUGUCAAGUAUUGCUUAGGUUGAAGCUAUGUGCCAUAGAAACCUUGUAUUUGAACUCUCGUGGCUCCAAAUUACUAAUACUGCUCCCGUCAGAGCUUUCUGAAUGUUACUGGAUACGGACAACUAUCAGAGAGAGAAUUUUGUUAUCACUUGGGCAUAUUAUGUUUUAAAUAGUAGUGGUGAAAUGCAUCCCUGAUGUAACUGAUGUGAAUGGCUUUACACUAGGGAACAUUUUAGUUCUAGUAAUGUAGUUCAAAUGAUUUCAAAUUGACGUACGUUUCAGCUAAAAAAAAGCAAAAUGAGAUAUUUUGAUAUUUCACGUUCACUUGCAGUGGUGAAAAAAUUUGGAGGAGCUCCAUUAGAAUUCAUGGAAUCACAGCAGCAUCAGGUCACAUUUGAAAUAUAGGCUGAUGCUGAACUUUAAAUUGGCCCUUAUUUAAAUAAAUUUGUAAAAGUUUUUAUAGUAAUGCUAAGUGUCAAGGCCAGAUUCCAAAGGAGAGAGUUCUGCAAGCUGAAGUGUUGGAUUUAAUGCAUGACUUCAGAGAGAGGUAUUUUUUUCUUAAUUACAGUCAUGGAGUUUUCUGAUGUUACACAGAUUCUUUGAAAAUUUCAGACUGGAUACUGAAAUCUGUAUCAAGGGAAGUGUUAUAUCUCCCUGUUUUGGAGUUUACAGCUAAAUUUUUGUGUCUUUGUAGUGAUCCCAGACUGAAAAAGUUAGUUCUGAGUGUAAAUGAAUUUUUAGCAUAAACUUUACAAAGUUUGUUGAUAGUCCUCAAAUUAAAUAUGAACUUUCCGUGGUGCUUUAGACUGUAACUGGCUUCCUCCAACUAUUUAUUACUAGUUCCUUUUUAGUUCUGCUAUCAUUGUGUCCAGUUAUAAAUACAAGCCUACAUUUUUUUCAAUUAAUUGGCAUGAAACAAUAACAAAUAAAAUCAGUUUUAAACAGUUCUUAAUAUCCAGCAUAUAAAUUACAUAUUUUUAUUAUCAGACAAUAAACCAAAAUGACCUUUCAUGAUAUUUGUAGAUAUGGGACAGGGUAUGUAUUUCACUAUUGCUAUAAUUGACUGAUCAAAUGCUUCUGAUUUUUGCAGUGAGUAAGAUCUUACUUAUAGAUUUACCAUAUUUGGUACCUCUGUUUGAAAUGAAUGCUUGUAGAAAAGUUGGCAAUUUUUCUGAAAUGAACGUUCCUUCAUUUCCCCAGAGAGCAUUUGAUGAGGAAAAACCUAUUGACAAAUUAAUUUGAGGUUAAGUGCAUAAAUAUUUUGUACCUGGUAACCAGGUAUAAGCAUGAAACUUUACAUACU